AUGUGUCCUGACGUAGAUGUCAUUGUCCAAAUUGAGUAUAGUCAAUCUGUUCUGGUGAAAGGUACAUCAGGACAAGAAAGUGGGCGAGUUGAAGAGGAUAAGGACAAGGAUAAGGACAAGGACAAGGACACGGACACGGACAAGGACACGGUCGAAGUGCAAAAGUCUUGGCAUCAGUGA